AUGUUCGCAGACAAGCUAGGCGUCACCAUGGAAGUAUACAUCGAUGAUAUGCUUGUCAAGUCGUUACACGCCGCUGAUCACCUCUGUCACUUGCAAGAUUGCUUCGAAACUCUCAACAAAUACGGCAUUAAACUGAACCCAGCAAAGUGCACGUUCGGGGUUUCCUCAGGCGAGUUCCUUGGAUACAUAGUCACGCAGCGAGGAAUCGAAGCCAACCCGAAGCAGAUCUCCGCGGUCCUGAACCUCCCGAGCCCAAAAAACAGUAGAGAAGUACAACGGCUUACGGGUAGGAUUGCUGCACUCAACCGGUUCAUCUCUAGAUCCACCGACAAAUGCUUGCCAUUCUACGAUCUCUUGCGAGUGUCACAAGCAGCAGUCAGUAGCGUUCUAAUAAAAGAGUACCGUGGUGGGCAAAAGCCAAUCUUCUAUACAAGCAGGCGCAUGACCGGACCAAAAACGCGAUAUCCAACUCUGGAGAAGAUGGCACUGGCGGUCGUCGAAGCGGCGAGAAAGCUUCGCCCUUACUUUCUGUUCGGAAGACUAACGAAGUGGGAUAUCGAACUCGGUGAGCUUGAUAUCACUUACAAGAACAGAACCGCAGCGAAAUCUCAGGUUCUUGCAGACUUCUUAAUCGAAUUGGCCCCGGAGUUGGAGGAAGAUCUCACACUCCCAAACCCAAACUGGACAUUGCAUGUCGAUGGAUCUUCGACUAACAGGGGCGCAGGUGCCGGAGUUCAAUUACAAUCCCCGACCGGCGAACUGAUCAGACAGUCUUUUAGCUUCGGCUUUCCAGCCUCGAACAACGAAGCAGAAUACGAAUCUUUGAUCGCUGGACUCCGCUUAGCAAAAGCUGUCAAGGCCAAUCGCCUAAGCGUCUACUGCGACUCGCAGUUAGUCGCCAAUCAGUUUAGUGGCGAUUACGACGCCCGCAACGAUCCGAUGGACGCCUACCUCAAGAUAGUACAGGGCUUAGCCGCAGAGUUCGAAUUCUUCGAACUCAUCAAAGUUCCCAGAGGAGAAAACGUGUGCGCCGACGCCCUUGCAGCCCUUGGAAGCAAGCUUCGAGACCAAGUUAAACGAACCAUUCCAAUACACCGCAUUGAGAAGCCGAGCAUUGAUAUCUCGACGGACCAAACCAUCGUCAUUGCUCCAGUCACCGAAACCGACACGCUCGUUACUGAUGAAUUCGGCCCCGACUGGCGAACUGAGUUCAUCGACUAUCUCUCAAAGGGGGAACUUCCAACCGAGAAAUGGGCAGCCCGCCGACUAAAAACACGCAGUGCCCAUUAUGCCGUCCUAGACAACGAACUCCAUCGAUGGACUGCGAGUAAAGUACUCCUCCAGAAUCCAACCCAACGAAUGUUGGACUUUUACCGGAGCACAUAG